AGAGAAAAAAUAAGGGCAGGGUUACUUUUCAGGUGUAGCCGGUUUAGGACAAUUUUGUGCCUGGCAAUAAAUGAGUCACCAUCCCAGGGGUCCUUCUUCUCCUCCAUAAACAGUAAACAGACGCAGCUUUCGCCUCGUCACGUGACUGAUUAAAGGGAGGCGCGCGUGGUUUGAGAGCGGAGUGACUUGGGAUUGUUUGAUCAGGAACACACGCGCUAAUGGACGAUGACGAGGAGACUUAUCGAUUAUGGAAAAUUCGUAAGACCAUAAUGCAGCUCUGCCAUGAUCGGGGGUUUCUGGUGACCCAGGACGAGCUGGACCAGACCUUGGAUGAGUUCAAGGCUCAGUUCGGGGACCGUCCCAGCGAGGGCCGACCCAGACGGACCGAUCUCACGGUUCUGGUCGCUCACAACGACGACCCCACCGACCAGAUGUUUGUUUUCUUCCCAGAGGAGGUGAAAGUGGGCAUCAAGACCAUAAAGAUGUACUGCCAGCGGAUGCAGGAGGAAAACAUCGCGCGCGCCAUUAUCGUGGUCCAGUCGGGCAUGACCCCAUCUGCUAAACAGUCUUUGGUGGACAUGGCACCGAAAUACAUCCUGGAACAGUUUCUCCAGCAAGAGCUGCUAAUAAACAUCACAGAGCACGAGUUGGUCCCUGAACACAUCGUGAUGACGCGAGACGAAGUGACCGAGCUUCUGGCCAGAUAUAAACUCAAGGAGAGCCAGUUACCCAGAAUUCAGCCUGGAGAUCCAGUGGCGCGAUACUUCGGCCUGAAACGAGGGCAGGUGGUGAAGAUCAUCCGGUCCAGCGAGACGGCUGGACGAUACAUCACAUACAGACUCGUACAGUAAACUUUAUCAAGAUUUAAUUUUUCUGUAAGGCUUUUCAUGGCCGUCUCAUGGUUUAUAAUGGGCAAUUCUUCCGAGAUGGACGGCAAAAAUUUAUUUAAUUUCCCUAAAACUCGAAUCUUGGAUUAUGUUUGUUAGUAAAAAUCAAAAAAUAAAUCAACUUUUGUUUAAGGAAUGGUUUUAUUACGGUGUUGUGAAUAUUUGAACGCAUCCAUGGCACAAAAAUAGUUAAACCCCAACUGCAAAUAUAGUAGAUUUAUUGGAUAUAAAUGUUUUCUUGAAAUAUAUACAGUUUGGGAAUGACACGAUGGUUUUGACUUCAGUCAUGUGGUUAGAGAGAACAUGUUCAGAUGAAACAAACAUCUUCAUAUCAGUAAUGAAAUGACACACGAUUACAAAUAAAGCAUAUGUUUGAGAGAGAAAUGUCACAUGCGCAUUAAAGCCAGCACUGACCAGCAGCGCGGCUGUUAGUUCAACAUAACCGUAACAUUUACGCUCUUCUGUCAUUAAACAAAGAAAAAAAUCCAGUGCAUAGAUGAAACUAUAAUAAAUACAAAUAUUAAAAGUUCCUAUAUAUUCCUAUCACGAUAUAUAUGGAGACUUUUUAAUAUCUACACACCUUGAAAUUGUGUUAUUAAAUAAUAAAUGGCAUAUAUGUUUGUAUUCCAGUUCUUUAUGGUUUAUGCAGACUACUGCACUGAUGCAUUGUUAUAUUGAAUAAAGAGACGCGUUAUAUAAGCAUCCAGUCCAUAUUAGCCAAUAUUUGAAACUACACUGAUCUCACUUCUACAGUCAGAGGUCAUAAUCAGUCAAAACCCUCUUAAAGGGAUAG